GAAACGUGUUUUUAUAAAUAGCUCCAGCCCCAGCUGAUUUGUAAAUUCAGUGGGUUUUUUUGUGUCAAUGACAUCACCCUCCUCCCCAUGGCAACCCCCGACGAUAUCAAAAUUGCCAGGCAACGUUGGAGCUGCUCGCACCCUAAAGGAGCAGGUCGCUGCCUGAGGAUCUAAUGGAGAAAUCCCAAAGUGAGCUGGGGUGCACGGUGGAGGAGGGGCGCGCCGCGGCCGGGGCUACGGGGCCCUGAUCAAUCGGCCAGAGGAAGGCGGGAGAGGCUGCUGCUUGCUCCACAGCCUGGACACGCUGGAGGCUCCACGCCAGCCCCUCCUGAAAGCAGCGGCGGACCACAGCAGGUGGGGGGAGGGCACUGCUCGGUUCCUGACGUACCGGGAGCAGCAAGCAGCCAUCCAGGUGACUAAGCCGGCCCACCGUCACUGAGUCACCCACCCGCCUUGGCUUUUCUUCCUUCCCCCUUUGCAUCUGAUUAUUUGGGGAGCUGAAAACUUGGAGGUGUACCUGAGGCCCGCCCCUUCUAACUCUCCCCUCCCUGCCUCGGCUUGGAGGAAGAUGGAACUCGCUGGGAAGCUGCCACUACCCCCUAAGGACAUGGAAGGCACGGAGGGAGCCAGAGGUGCCCAGGGAGAGACCGCAGCUGGCAGAGUACAAUAGCAGACAUGGUGAUCAGGCUGCCCCUGUGUCCUCUGAAGGUGCUAGAAGAGAAGGGGAGUCUGGUCCAAACCGACUGGAGUCCUCCUGUGUUGGCUUUGAGCUCACCUCUCAAGGGGAUCUUCCUGUAAGCGGGUGGCUUCCAGGGCCAUUGGUAUUUGGAAAGCAAGGCUGGAUUGGCAUAGGCAGGCCUGUGCAGGUAGAGCAGCUUUCGGGGCUUCAGACAAUCACCAGCCUGCGGUGGGAGAGACUGAGGCCCAGUUGCCCGGAAGGAGUGCUGAGGCCGUCAGAGGACUGGCCCUGGAAGGUCCUGGGAUCUUCCCUCCCCUUCGUGCUCUAGAGAGCUGACUGAAGAAUAGUGAAAGGCGAGGAGAGAAGGCCACAGGAGGAGCUGCACCCCGGUGCCUCGCCAUUCGCGUUUUCUCAGCCUGUGGUCCAUCCUCGGAAUCCCUUUAGCGAGCUCAGCUUGUUUUCUUUGAAAGGCAUUCAAGGUGUGGAAGCCACACGUCAUCCAAAGCUGGGUGUGGCCGGAUAAGGCACCAUGUUCCGAAAGAAAAAGAAGAAACGCCCUGAGAUAUCAGCCCCUCAGAACUUCCAGCACCGUGUCCACACCUCCUUUGACCCCAAGGAAGGCAAGUUCGUGGGCCUCCCCCCACAAUGGCAGAACAUCCUGGACACCUUGAGGAGGCCCAAGCCUGUGGUGGAUCCUUCUCGAAUCACACGGGUGCAGCUGCAGCCUAUGAAGACGGUGGUGCGGGGCAGCUCAGUGCCCACGGAGGGCUACAUCUCAGGGCUGCUCAACGACAUCCAGAAGUUGUCGGCUAUCAGCUCCAAUACCCUGCGCGGACGCAGCCCCACUAGCCGGCGGCGGGCACAGUCCCUGGGGCUGCUAGGGGAGGAGCAAUGGGCCGCUGACCCGGAUAUGUACCUUCAGAGUCCUCAGUCUGAGCGCACGGAUCCCCAUGGCCUCUACCUCAGCUGCAAUGGGGGCACACCAGCAGGUCACAGGCAGAUGCCGUGGCUGGAGCCACAGAGCCCACAGGCCCUGCCCAAUGGGCUGGCUGCCAAGGCACAGUCUUUGGGCCCUGCUGAGUUCCAGGGUGCCUCGCAGCGCUGCCUGCAGCUGGGUGCUUGCCUACAGAGUUCCCCACCCGGCACCUCACCCCCUAUGGCCACAGGGAGGCGUGGGGUGAAGGCUGCCAAACAUAGCUCAGAAGAGGUGCGGCCACAGUCCUGCCUGGUGGGCUCAGCCAUUGGCAGGCCAGGUGGAGAGGGCAGCCCUAGCUCGAAGAACCAGGAAAGCAGCCUCAAGCACCGGCUCUUCCGAAGCAUGUUCCUGUCCACUCCUGCCGCAGGCACUGCAAGCAGCAGCAAGCCGGUCCCUCUGCCACAGAACAAGCUCAACUCUGCUUUCCGACCGCCACAAAAAGAUUCCUCCUCAAACCUGGUGGCCAAGGCCCAGUCCUUACCCUCAGACCAGCCUAUGGGGACCUUCAGUCCUCUGACCACCUCGGAUACCAGCAGCCCCCAGAAGUCCCUCCGCACAGUCCCAGUCGCCGGCCCACUUCCAGGCCGGUCUUCUCCAGCAGGCUCCCCCCGCACGCGGCAUGCUCAGAUCAGCACCAGCAACCUAUACCUGCCCCAGGACCCCACCGUGGCCAAGGGGGCCCUGGCUGGCGAGGACACGGGCAUUGUGACACAUGAGCAGUUCAAGGCUGCACUCAGGAUGGUGGUGGACCAGGGUGACCCCCGGCUGCUGCUGGACAGCUAUGUGAAGAUUGGGGAGGGCUCCACGGGCAUUGUGUGUCUGGCCCGGGAGAAGCAUUCGGGUCGCCAGGUGGCCGUCAAGAUGAUGGACCUCAGAAAGCAGCAACGCAGGGAGCUGCUCUUUAAUGAGGUGGUGAUUAUGCGCGACUACCAGCACCUCAACGUGGUGGAGAUGUACAAGAGUUACUUGGUAGGCGAGGAGCUGUGGGUGCUGAUGGAGUUCCUGCAGGGCGGGGCCCUCACAGACAUCAUCUCCCAAGUCAGGCUGAAUGAGGAGCAGAUUGCUACUGUGUGUGAGGCUGUGCUUCAGGCCUUGGCUUACCUGCACGCCCAGGGUGUCAUCCACCGAGACAUCAAGAGUGAUUCCAUCCUGCUGACCCUCGACGGCAGGGUAAAGCUCUCAGACUUUGGAUUCUGUGCUCAGAUCAGCAAAGAUGUCCCCAAGAGAAAGUCCCUGGUAGGAACCCCAUACUGGAUGGCUCCUGAAGUGAUCUCCAGAUCUCUGUAUGCUACCGAGGUGGAUAUCUGGUCUCUGGGCAUCAUGGUGAUUGAGAUGGUGGACGGAGAGCCUCCCUACUUCAGCGACUCCCCAGUGCAAGCCAUGAAGAGGCUCCGGGACAACCCCCCACCCAAGUUAAAGAACUCUUAUAAGGUCUCCCCAGUGCUGCGAGACUUCCUGGAGCGGAUGCUGGUACGGGAACCCCAAGAGAGAGCCACGGCCCAGGAGCUCCUGGAUCACCCCUUUCUGCUGCAGACAGGGCUGCCUGAGUGUCUGGUGCCUCUGAUACAGCUCUACCGCAAGCAGACCUCCACCUGCUGAGUUCACACCCAGGGUGUGCCUGCCGCCUGUGCCCACAGGUCAAGGACACUGGGCAGCCAGUCCACUGGCAGGGCCUACCUGCCUUGUUCUCUCAGUAUUCUCUCCAAAGAUUGAAUGUGAAGCUCCACCCCUUCCCUCUUGCCCUUUAGCCCACUGGGCCAGGCCGGACCUGCCCCCCUCAAUCUCACUCCCCAGAGUCCCAGUUGCCUUUGGGAUGACAGUGACCCCCUUUUGCAGGUUUGGCCCUUUGCUAUUUGCACAGGGAUGUUUCUAAGAAACGUGGAGAGUGGUGCUCCUGGCCACCGGUCAGCAAAGCUGACAGGCCGCUGCAGAUUUUAAAAAGCAGUGUCCACUAGUGUUCCGGGCCACCAAGUGGGUGUGUGCCCCAUCUUCACACGGACACUUGCUAUUCUCAGUUACAGCUUCAAACCCUGGAGUCCCAGAGGGCCACGGGGAAGAAUUUUAUUACCUGAGUCCUUCUUCCUCCCUGGGUCUGACUUCUGGAAGCCCUACUUGCCCCCUGUUUCCGUCUGUCCCCCUGGCAUAACCUCUCCCCGGAAGGCCUCCACAGAACUGUGAAUUGCCUGUGUGUAGACCAUGGGAGUAGCAAGGGGAUCUUCUGAGAGAGUGUGCAGCUGAUGGUAAAAGUGGCUCCAUUUUUCAGGAUGGAGAGAACAUAUUCUCAUUCUCUCUCUCUCUCUCUCUCUCUCUCUCUCUUUUCCCUGUGUGUGUGUGUGUGUGUGUGUGUGUGUGUAGUCCCCCCAAGGCUCAGGCCUUUCCAGUUACCCACAGAGAGCUUCAGAAGAGCUGCACCCCCCAUCCCCCCCAGUCUUCUUUUCUACCAAGCUCUACUUUGAAGGGACCUGCUUUGAGGGCCUGGCUUUCUGCCUCUCAAGUUUCAUGUUAUUACCUGAACAGUGAAGGGGUGUGUGUAUGUCAAGUCUAACACAUGCUGGGGACCCCUGAAGUUUCUGAGUUUCUCCCAUACUGAGACAGGAAUUGCAUUACCUGCCAGCAACUUCUCAGUAGCCAGAUCAUCAGGGGGACCCUCUUUGGAACCCUGGGCUGGGACAGAAAGGUGAACCACCUCCUGGGGGAGGUGGGGCUCAUGUCAAGGAAUGAGUAUCUCUGUGUGUGAACCAGCUGCCCCUGCAGAUGCUUACCUGCCCCCUUGUCCCCCCUCCCUUCCCACCUUCCUGGCUGUUGUGAGACAGGAAAUGCCAAGGAAGAACUCCACUGUCUGGACCCCAUCCAGAUAAUAUUUUUAGAUUCCUCUGCUCCCUGAUGACCUGCAUUAGGGCAAAGAAAUUGCAAGGUCUUUUUUUUAAGGGUCAGAGUUUUAAAAACAAAAGCAUCUUCCCCUAGAAAUUUUUGUGAAUUGUUUGCAACUUGUGCCUGUUUUAAAUUAAACUGAAUGUUCGAACCUC